AUGGCCGUUCUGGACUCGCGGAAACUAGUGUGCUUGCUGGUGCCUGCAGCUGGUCGGCCAGCACAACAGCAACAACCUUACACAAUGAUGGUCAUAUGGAACAACCGACAAGCAUCAAAGACGGGUCAAUACAACUCCAAACUGCACUGUAUAGUAGAGAUGGUUUAUCGAGCAUCAUUUGCAACGUAAAGCCACAACUCACAAAACAAGUCAAAAUGGAGAUCCUGACGACAAGAACACAUUUGAAAACCUGAGGACAAUUUUUAUAUAAUUUAACCUACUGUACAACUGUGGAAUACAUAGUACUGCAAUAUACUACCCUUAAGAAUACAAGAUAUUUUGCAUUGAUACAACUUUGAGUGUUCUCAAUUUUAAAAUUAUCGUAAUAAAUUUCAAUAGCUUUAUAAUUAGCAAAUAGUUAAUGAUAAACCAAACAUUACCUUAUUUGACUCUUUACAUGGAGAGUCGAGCAAAGCAAAUACCUGCAAAGAAACAUUUAAGAGAAAUCAAGAAUAUGCAAAACAUUAUACAAUACAUAUUUUGUAAUAAGUUUUUCACGAUCAAUUGAGGAGGUGAUUGGAAGAAGGGCAUAACUCUAAUUAAGGCGUUUAUCUGUAAAAUAUUUCAAAAUGUUCUUUAGGUGACUUUCUACCACACCUCCAGAUAGUACUUUGCUAACCCCAAUAGAGGGUGUUUAAGAGGCUUUUGAAAUCCUGAAUUGUGCCCUUUUUUCAUAACAUCGUUACCUCUGCAAUCUUGCAUCAUUUCGUUUUUCUGAGUUUAGAACAUUGACAGAAUGGCUGUAAAAACAGAAUAUAUGAAUUUGUCUGAUAUAUCGAUUUUUCAUUAGAUGAUAGCGAGUUUAAGCCUCCAGAUGAUAGUGAUUCAUCUUCAGAUACUUAUUUAUGUAGUGUUAAAGGUAAAAAUAAAGGACAAAAAAGAAUAACUUUUCUGAAAAUCAGAAAACAAGAAUGAAUGAAUCUUAAUGAAAAUGAAAAUUAUUCUGUUAUUUUAAAAUUAAUAAAAACGGGCAAACUCUCAUAGGAGGAAUCUAUUUAUAUCAAAAUCCAUUUCUUCCAUGG